UCUAAUCUUAUCGACAGUGGGCUAGCAUCGCGGGGCCACAGUGUGGGCUCGCCGGUGAUAAGCACGGUGUUGAGGGGGCCACUUACAGACGAAAGACAGAGAUGGUGUGGUUGAUGAGGCAAUAAGAAGUUUGAAGCAGCACAGCAGUUCCAAAUCCCCAAAAAAUACAUUUGCACUCGAUUUGCGAGGCCCAUCAUUGAGUAGUCGCCGAUGACCCUCUGCCUCCACGGUGUGGCUCAUUACAGGGGACAAUGCUUUUAUAAACCCAUUUUGCGCUCCAUCUUCAAUAUUUCUCGGUGAAACGAUACACGCCCACCCAGACCUGAGCAACACUGCCCCCUGAACCCCUGACUUUUGUCCUCCCCUCACACAACCACGAGCAGUGCACCAACGAUGACAACCCAAGAUCAAGUCAACCCCCCACCCCCAGAGGGAGAAUCCUCCAUCUCCCUCCCGGGAAUCUACGUCUCCCUCACCGACCUCCCACUCGACAUCCUCUCAAUAAUGGACAAAGUCCGCAGCCCAGAAGCGGGCGCCAUCGUCACCUUUGCCGGCACGACAAGAAACAACUUCGCCUCUAAACCCGUCACCUCCCUAACCUACACCUCGUACCGCCCCCUAGCCCUCCAAACCCUCUCCUCCAUCGCCUCUUCGCUUCUGACCAAGCACGCCCUAAAAGGAAUCGCCAUCGUCCAUCGCCUGGGCACAGUCCCCAUAGGCGAGGAGAGUAUCCUCAUCGCGGCUGCGUGGCUCGCGGGCGAGGAGGCGCUGGAGGAAUGCAAGGAGAAGGUGGAGGUUUGGAAACGGGAGGAGUUUGAGGAUGGGGGGGUUUGGAGGGCUAAUAGGGAUGGGCAUCAGGGGGCGGAGGUGAAGGAGGGGAGCAAGGGCGAGUAA